UAUGGAAGGGAGCGCCUGCUGGAGGAGCUGCGGAGCAAUCAGCUCCCGAGUGAUGACGAGAGGGUCAAGUACCGAUGGCAAAGGAAGGGACCGACAACCCGGGGGCCCCUCAGUGAGGGCAACCGGCCGCAGGCAAUCUGGGCUAUAGCGGAUGUCCAAAGCCUGAUGUUGGAAAUUCUGGGGUCAGCCGGUUUGAACCUGUACGACGCGGAUGGGAAGCUGAGGACGGACCCCCGGACUGGCGAGCCCUUCAAAACCCUGCAGAAAAAGUACUCGGAGGAUGCUCGGGACCUCCUCGAGGGUCUUCUCCGCUCGCAGUUCGGGGGCAACACUUGGGUCGUGAAAAUGGAGCGGAGAGCGGAGGCAGCGGGGGAGGAAGGUUGGCACUUUCUGAGGGCUGACUCGGUUGGCAAGCGACUUAUCGUGUUCAUGGACCAGCUCCUCCAUCACAUGGAGACCCUCCAAAUGGAGCCGAACCGCAAGCCUGGGGACUGGCGUGUUCGACUUUUGGACAGCCACAAAGUUUUCAUUCGGAGCCGGCUAGAAGAGCUCACGGAGUUCAUUCCACCCGAAGAGAGGCGGUACCCUACUCAGGAGGUCAGAUAUACGCACUUCGAUGCGUUUGUGACCAAGUACAGGAACCAACUUCCUGCAAAUAUCACCCCCGCCUACUUGAAGAUGUUCGUCAUGACAGAAGUUGACGAAAGCUUACCUCUCGAAGUCUGGGCUGAGAACACGAUCAAGUGCAAGAUCAUGCUGGACAAAGCAGCGGGGCGAGAUGGCAGCAAGCUCCCGCCUGGGUGGGCGCAUCCAACCCCCCUGCAGCUUGCGAACAUCGUCCGAAUGUACAAGAACUGCCACCCUCUACGGCGACAAGAUAGACCUCUCAAAUUCGCCAUCUCCGCCACGAACCAGUUCUGUCAACAUUAUGGCCUGUCAGCGGCCUCGAUAGAUAAGAUUCUGGACGGCAAAGAGUCGCCAGGAUAUCGAAUCUACCUUCCAAAGUACCGAGAGAUUCUGGCUGAGUACGAAGCUGAUCCGAACGGGUUUUAUCUGACGUACGCGAUGGUUCAGCAGAUGGGCAACAUCCAACUCUGUAUUCUGUUCGAUAACCAAAGGCGGAAGCCGACUUUGAGCUCUAUGCGGCCUACAUUGUUUGAGAUUGGGCAGUUCGUGCCGGAGCAGUACGCCCGGUACUUUGGCUUCAACACGCUCGCCGCCGCGCAACUAGACGUGGACGACAAGAUGACUGCCUCCAGGAGAGUCGUCGAGGGCAAUUUCGAGAAUAGCAUGGGCGAGAACUCCUGGUUCGCUCGUCAAAUGAGGAAUCGGCAGGGGGACCGGACGCGGGCGAAGGGGCGGCAACUCAGGCCCCACGUGACCCUUGACCACCUCCUGGAGAUGCUCGAGUUCCAGAAAAACAGUUGUCAUUACAGCGGGGAGACCAUCUUCCUGGCACGGGGCGGGAAGCGCAGCCCGCACGCAGGCACAGCGGAGCUCGUGGGCGACAGCCGUGCGGUCAAGCUUGCGGCAAACUGGCUAGCCUGGGGUUUCAACUUUGCGCCCCUCGUCGUGCGGAAACUGUUCCUAGAAUACUGGGGGUUCAAGGGCACAGGUACGUUGACUACCUGA